GCCAGUUUUCUUUGGUUUGUGAGAUAAUUUCCAGCCAAUCAAGGGCCACUGUGAUCCCAGGGUCACUUUGCUUUAGUUUCAUAUUUUUAAUGAGGACCAUGACAUAGAAAACACAAUUUCUGACAGGAGGGCCUGUAGGUCGCAUAAACUUUAUGAAUUCACUCUAGGCCAAGAUCAUUAUGGCUAUAGAUUAUUAGAGCCGCAGAUGGGGCUGUUGCAUAACACUCAAAUACUGGGCUCAUGAGUGGAUCAUGAUGAUCUCUUCUUCGACGCGUUCGCGGUUCUUAAGAAAAGGCUCCGGGAUGAAACACGCACCUAUAAUGUUUAUGAAGCUAUGAUGGAAUUAUCGUGGACACGAUGCUACGGGAAGCGAAGCGAACUAAAUGUACAAUUUCAUGUCGCACCUUCUGGGGCUUAUUCCUUUCGUCAUUCAAUGCGUAAGGUGUCAACUUUGUUAUGUCCAUGAGUGGUAACAAUGCUUCUUUACAACCCGAGUAAUUUUCAUCGUGCUACAGUAUUUGGGCGAGGAGCCUACACGCUAAUUCACAUGUAACUACCAUCUCUGCCAAAUGCACCUACGAUGUGCCUCGGUAUAAACCUGUGGUAACAGUAGUCACAAGAUUGCUACUGGCUCAAUACCGAUGGUGCAGUAAUGGACCUCACUAGAGCCAUGUAUAUUGCCAGCAUCAAGGAAACACUCUGUGAGAACAGGGUCCCAUAAGUGUUGAUCACGGCACCGAGUGAGACCGGAAAAAAACAGCCUCUUUUGUGAAUGCUAUAGCAACGAAGGACAUUCCAUAACCCAUACCUAUGAUACCCACAUCACUCCAGGCACAUGUCUUAGUUAUAAGAUGCAGUUUUGUAUUGUUAACUCCGCUGCGCAUUUGGCAAGUAUAGAAGUGUCAUGAAUACAUAUGCCCUCAAGCUUUCUAGGAUAAAUUUACUUCAUUAUGAUCCUUUUUUAUGUGGUAAGAUAAGUUUGAAAAAAAUUGUAAAGAAAUCAAGGUGCGUUACUACGUGGAUCCCUUUCCCAGGAAUCAUGCUACAAGGUGAAUUGCUUUGCGAAAGGCAAAGUCUGAAUUGUUCACGUCACAGGUGGGAUAUACACGCCGUACAGCAUCUACCCUGCGCCACAUGGGGGUGCAAAUCACAUAUGGUGUAUGUCUCUACUGCUGAGUAGCUUACAAUUAUGCACACACAGAACUUGGUAGUGGUGUGUGAGGGAGAAGGUUAGUGCAGGCUACCCUCGUCAGGUUGUCACUGUAUGUAUCUCAUGCUGAAGCGGCAGCGACAGCUAAUGACAGUUCGUGUGUUGUGACAAUAUCAUUAAGUCUUAUAUGGAGCCAUUAUAGUGUUAUUAAUGUAUCCUAGCAGCUUCUCAGCGGGUCGUAGUUGAGGUACUUUUACGCUUCUUGUGACUGAGGCUUGAGUUGGAGUUCACACGCUAAGGCAGUCAGGGCAGUUUGUUAAUAUCCCCCACAAAUUUACUGUAAAGACUGUGUGUAAGAUGAAGAUUGAGUCAAAUAGAGGUGAAUCAUACUUCCAUAAAUGACCUAGAAGUUAUGUGUACGCAUAAGUAUCAUAAACAAGGAUCCAUGAAUAGUAUUUUUGUGUAUGUAUGAUUACUUUAUAUAUA